AUGGCCACAGGUGAAGAUGGUGAUGCACAACGAUUCAUGCGAGUAUCUGAUAUUAAUAAAGAACCACUAGAGAUGCAGAUGCCAAUUUGUGGUCACGAGAAAAUGCCAUUAGUGUCAUUGGAAGAAGCAGUUGCACCAUUGGUUUCAAUAUUACCUGAAGUUCAACAUUAUGCCAGUGUCGCUAAACAACAAUGUAAAACAGUGCCUGCUGAUGGCCUGACAAGAGAUGAAUCUGCUUCGAUCAUACUUUACACAAUGGACUGGAAGCCACAUGAAGAAUGCGUAUAUGUCGUUUUAAACGCCACUCUUCGUGAUAGGGAUCGGCAAAAACUAAUACCAUGGUUUUUGUAUUUGAAUCUGAUUCAUACGGCACUGGCGCAAUUACCAUCCAGGCAUAAUUUUGUGUACCGUGGAGUGAAGGGGAAUCUAAGUGAGAAAUAUCGUCGAGGAAGAGAAAUUGUUUGGUGGGGAUUUUCGUCGUGUACUUCAAACCUUGGAGUAUUCGAAAAUGCACCAUAUUUCGACAAAACUAGUGAGAGGACAUUGUUUACCAUCGAUUGUGAUAGUGGGAAAGAUAUUAGUCAACACACGUAUUUCCCAUCGGAAGAAGAAAUUCUUCUUUUGCCUGCUCGACAAUUCGUCGUAAUUGCUUGUCUAAAAUCAGCAUCUGAUCUCACCAUGAUUCAACUCAAAGAAAUUUCAUCUCCAAUUCCUCUUUUACAACCGGUUACAGUCGCGUCCAAAUCAAGUAAACCAUCGUCGGGUAAGAGAAAAAUUAUUUCAUUAUUUGAGGUCAU